AUGAGGGACAACCCCCAGUUUGUCAAAUGGUUAACCCACCAAGAAGGUGGCAGCUUUCGACCGGUACAGUAUGCUGUAUUCGGCUGUGGUAACAGAGAAUGGCAGCACACGUAUCAGGCAACUUCGAUCUUCCUCGACAACCGGUUGAAAGAGCUCGGAGCGCAAGCUGUUGCCGACCGGGGCCAAGUUGAUGCCGGUGAAGGGAACAUAUUCGCCGACUUUGACACCUGGCAAACAGACCACUUGUGGCCAGGUAUCGCGAACAUCCAUGGCAACCAGUGGGUACAUGAUGGCCUACUAGAUACUGUCGACACUGAGCCGCUGGAUAACAACUACCAGAAUCCCAAUUCGGGGGGUUCAGACCUGCCCAGCGUGAUGGAUGUCGAAGUGGAGGAGAUCAAAGCCUUGACCGCCGAAGAGACUCGCCCCAAGUUUUGGGCUAAGCUCAAACUCCCAAAAGGGGCUGGCUAUGACGUUGGCGAUUAUCUCCAGGUUUACCCUCGCAACUCCGUACAGGACAUAGAGAGGCUCAAACACGCUCUCAAGAAACAGGGACACGAUGAGACAGAUCCUGUCGUCAGCAAGAUCUCUUCCCACCACGAGCUGAGCCUGCCAGCAAGUUCCAAGGCCAUCGGUACAAAGCAAAUAGAGAUACUGAUCCAAGCCUGCGCGAGCGAGAAAGACAAAGCUGGGCUAUCAGAAAUUGCGAAAAGCUCUUUCAACACUUCCCCCACCGUCCGACCAUCGAUAUUGGAGCUGCUUCUCAGUGUGCUUGCCCUUGCACAGCUAGUCACCUUACUCCCGCCAAUUCGCCCACGACUAGACUGUAUCUCCUCUUCACCGCUGGCCUCGCCGAAUCAUUGCGCAUUAACAUGGUCCCUGAUAACCCGGGACGGCGCCAUACCCGGCCUCGCAUCAAACCGUCUUGCCGGCCUCCAGCCGGGCGAUACCCUAACCUGCGCCUCACGGCCCGGCCACGACCGCUUCCGUCCACCACCGCAGCUUUCAACUCCCAUCAUCAUGAUAUAUGCCAGCGUUGGAAUCGCGCCGUUUCUCGGCUUUGUCGCCCACCGCGCUGAAAUGGUGCGACGAGAACCAGCACUCAGGGAACAGCUUGCCCCCAUGCUGCUCUACAUUGUUGGUCGCAGCCUGCGACACGUGAUCCAUCCCGAGGAGCUACGGCGCAGUGCCGUUAUCGAUGUACGGUACGCGAACUCGAAAGGCGAGGCCGACGCGGCUUCUUAUGUCCCUGUGCUGGCUGUCUUUAUCACCCUUACGGCCGUCGUUGUUGCCAUGCGCCUCAUGGCCCGAGUACUCAUGGCUCUUCCCCUGUGGUGGGAUGACUUUGCCAACUCUGGCGCUAUGCUGUUGUGUCUAGCCUACACGGUUUAUGCGAUCAAAAUCAAAGACGGUGGAUCGGGUAUUGACUUGUGGGCGGUCCCGUUGGACAAUAUCAGUGACCUGUUGGCUGGCUACUACGUCCUACCAGUAUUAUAUACCAUUGCACGCUUGCUCAACAGAGUCUCGAUCAUUCUCUUCUAUAUACGCGUCUUCCGGACCUCUCAAUCUGAACCUCUCCUAUGGAAAACCCUUUACGGAAGCAUAGUGAUGAGCAUGCCACUGGUCCUUGUGGCAAUCUUCGAAUGUACACCAGUAUCCUUCUAUUGGCUGGGCUGGGAUGGAGAAUCGAGUGGUCAUUGCAUCGAUCGAAAGUCUUUCCUAUGGGCUGUCUGGGUUAUCCUUCUGUUGUACGAUUUCUGGAUCCUGGGAGUUCCAAUGCCCUCCGUGGCCAAACUCCAACUUUCUCUACGAAAGAAGGUCCUAGUCGCUAUCAUGUUUAGUACUGGACUCGCGUAA